GCUUGAUCCGGGGUCCCGCUGUUCGGCGGGGGCACUCCGGUCGGGUGGCCGCGCGGCGCUUUCGCUCGCGUCGCGUCGGGCUUCGCGCGAAUCGUCUCUCGGACCGCCGACGCCGCGAAAUCGAAAGCGCCCGUCGGAAUCGAGCUGCGCUUUUGGGGAUCGAGCGCUCGCGACAAAGCGGCACUUUUUCACGCGCUCCAAGUUCGAUCCUCGCCGACCGUCGUCGUAGGCGGGAGCGUCGAAUGUGUUCGCGAAGGGCCGUCGGUCCGAGGACUUUGUUUGUCUUUUGAUCUUUUGGACGAUUCUUCCUCGACAUUUUUUUGCAUCCAUCGCGGAUGGAGGUGAGGAGGGAGGGCGGUUUGCGGCCGAGCCAGCGGGUGCGAUGUGGCAGACGUGUUUUUGCAGCGUUCGCUAGCGCCCGGCUCGGGACUGCGGCUGCGCGCGCGAGCGCUCGGUGACGAGGAAGAUCUGUGCGCAUCGUAAGCGUCGGCGGGGGGAGCGCGCGCUGAGCGCCAUGCCUGUGGAAUCGGAGAAGGCGCCGGCCAAGCCGACGUACGACUUCCAGAGGAACUCGACUUCGGACGACGACUCGGGCUGCGCCCUGGAGGAGUACGCCUGGGUGCCGCCGGGACUCGAACCCGAACAGGUGCGCCGAUACUACGGCUCCCUCCCGGAGGACAAGGUGCCCUACGUGAACAGCCCGGGCGAGAAAUACCGAAUCGAGCAGCUCCUGCGCCAGCUGCCGCCCCACGACACUGAGGUCCGCUACUGCAACGGUCUCGACGACGACGAGAAGCGGGAGCUGAAGCUCUUCAGUCACCAACGGAAACGGGAGAACCUCGGCCGCGGCGACGUCCGCCCUUUCCCCGUGACCGUGACGGGAGCCGUCUGCGAGCAGUGCGGCGGCCGGAUCGGCGGCGGCGACGUGGCGGUGUUCGCAUCCCGCGCCGGUCGCGCCUCGUGCUGGCACCCGGCUUGCUUCGUGUGCGGCGUGUGCGGCGAGCUCUUGGCGGACCUCAUCUACUUCUACCAGGAGGAGGUAAGCCUGGCCGGCGCGGACAAUGGCGUGCUGGCGCGUCACCGCCGUGAACGCGCACGUCCACGCGCGCGCUCUGCUUCUCAGAUCAUCUUGGCGGACGAGUGCACCGAAGCGGAAGGGCGUCACUGGCACACGAAGCACUUCUGCUGCUCGGAGUGCGGGGGCGCGCUCGGAGGCCGGCGCUACAUCAUGAAGGAGGGCGACCCGUACUGCUGCCGCUGCUUCCAAUCCCUCUACGCCGAGGACUGCCAUUCCUGCGGCGAGCGCAUCGGCAUCGACCAGGGCCAAAUGACGUACGACGGGCGGCACUGGCACGCCUCCGAGGGUUGCUUUUGUUGCGCCCGCUGCAAACGCCCGCUGCUGGGUCGCCCCUUCCUGCCCGAGCGGGGGCGGAUCUUCUGCUCCCGGUCCUGCGGCGCGGGCGAGGAACCCGACGGCUCGGAUUCCUCGGAUCGCGCCUUUCAAAGCGCUCGCUCCGCCACAGAGUCCGGACGCGGCUCCGAGGCGCCGAAGAGCGGUGGCGGGGGGCGGACGGAGACCUCGUGGGGCCGAGUGGACCCCUUGUCUUUCCAAAUGGACCUACUGAGUCUCUCCAGCCAAACACCCGCUUUGACGCGCGAGCCGGCUGCCUGGCAGGACAAUGACCGGGAUCGGGACCGGGAGCGGGAGCAAAUUGUCGACGGUUCCAAAUUUGAAUCCCGAGCCGAAACGAGCGCAAGGCCCAGCCCUCCGCAGCUCCUCAGUCAGCGCGAUGUCAGAACUUCCUCCAACUCACCAAGCACCGGGCAGAAACAGCAACAGCAAGACCGCAGGGUCGGGGAGACCGGCGGUCCGAGGAGACCGCCGGGGCCCCCGGAGCUCGCGACCCGGACGAGUCUCGCCGAGGCGCCUCGGCCCAAGCGACAGAACGGCGGCUUUUCCGCACGCGAGCGCUCCGUCGGUCUGCGUGGCUUUCGGAGGGACGGGGAGGCCGCUCCCCCGCCGGACGCCCGGACGCCCACAAGCCCAAACCCCAUCGGCGCGCUUCAUCUGGCGGAGCGGCCGACGCCUCUCGAGCGGACCCCGGGGGGAUCCGCCGAGUCCUUGGCCCUCUCCGACACGGCGGGCGACUCCGCCCCAGGAGACGGAACGCGACCGGCGCAACUGUCGCGUUUCUCCAUGCCCGAUCUGAGCAAAAACUCCGGACCCGGCGUCUCGGAGAAACGCUCCUUGAACGCUCCCAACUCCUCGGUGCGCUUUCGGAGCUCCGACUCCCUUCGUCACGUCAACGGCGGUCAGCCCCACGUGGGAAUCGAUCCUUCCGGGUCUUCUCGGCGCCACGUGAACUCCGGUGAGCCCUCCGGUGUGGAGACGGGCAAGAGCUCCGCUCAUUUCCCUCCCGGAUUCGCCCGUCGGGACGACGACGACGGAAGGAAUUUGGCGAGCGGCGCCAACGCCGCCCGCCUGCCGCCCAUAAGGGAGCGCGGGCUAAGCGGCGGCGUCGGGGGAGGCGCCGGAGGUUCAAGUGUCCGGAUCCAAGUGCCAGAGGAAGCCCCUCCGAGACGCAGACGCCACCGCCGCCGCUCCGGAAGAUCCCGCCGAUCUCGCUCAGAAAACGCUCUCAACUCGGUGGCGGAGUGUCGGCCGAGACCUGAAGAAAGACUGCGGCUUCGCGUUCGCGAGGACGACGACCGCUUCCCUGCCCGGAGGAGUGCCAAGGAGCGCUUUGGAGUCACGGGAGGAGGAGGAGAGGGAGGGGGGUUCCGACCGCAACUUUUCGGCCAGUGCCCCAGGACCGCGUCCGACCUGACGCUCCAGAACCCGGCGGCCGGGCAGCGCGCGGGCUUGAAUCAAUACUCCUGGGACGACGACGACGGCGACGACUCGUGCUCGACCUGCUCGUCGUCGUCGGAAUCGGAGGACGAAGGUUACUUCCUCGGGGAGCCCAUACCCCGACCCCUCCGGAUUCGCCACCUCAGCAAUCAGGAGCUCGUCCGCAAGUGCGGCGCCGGGAUAGGAGCCGCCGACCGCGGCGCUCAACUGACCACGCGCAAACGGCCAAAAAGCAACAACUGCGUUCUUUCUUAACAUGUUGCUCCCCGGCAUCGAAAAUACAUUUGUGGACGCAUAAAGCCGCCCUCUGAUUAAAACGUGCUCUUGACCGGCGUCGUGGUUUUUUUUUUCUUUCCUUUUUCAAUCAGAAGGCGAUGUGCAUUUUUCGAACGCAUCUCGUCUGUUGCGCACGGCGUGGCUUUGAACGGUGUGAAUCGAUUC